AUGUACAGUAACAGAAUUUUAUGGCCUACUUCCAGAUGUAAGAGCUUUGGAAUGUAUCGACAAUUGGUGCUUUUUAUUCAACAAGUUAUCGUCUGUGUACUUCUAACGAUGCGAAUCUAUGCGUUAUAUGGGCGUAAUGUCAAGAUCCUAGGUUAUAUGCUUGGAAGCGCAACGAUACUUGCCAUAGUGGCUGCAUGGUCCCUAUUCGGGCAAAAAAGUACUACAGCCACCUCUGGGUGUCAUAUUGGCAACUUGGCCACUGCUUGGGAGGCACUGUUUUGUUAUGAUACGAUACUCUUUGGAUUCACGUUAUAUCAGACUUACAAGUCCCGACAUACCAUGGGAAUGUCACUGCACAUUCCACUGGUAUCUCUGAUGCUUCGCGACGGUAACGUUAUGGCCCUCGCAAACUUGUCAAACAUAUUAACCUUCUAUCUCGCAGGCGUAAGUUAUCAUGCAGUACGACUUCAAAGUUUGAUCAAACUUCUGAUGAUCUACGUACUGCAGCCAUUUUUGCGAGGGAGCCUAUCAACUUUCGCAAGCUGCAUGUCCGUGACCAUGAUGUCUCGUCUGAUGUUAAAUCUUCAUAGUUCUGCAAGGAUAGGCAUUUUUUCAACUCUGCCUACGUUCCAUCGUGGAGAUGAUUCCACUCUUCCGACGAAUACCGACAGUUUCGAAUUGGAUACCUUGAGAACAGAGGACUUACUUUCUCGGCGGACCACAAGAUAUAUGACAAACGAUCUUACUCGAUUAGAAUCACCACCUAUGUUAUGA